AUGGACACCACCGAGAAAGAAAAGAUGCUCCGCGGCGAGCUCUACAUCGCCCUCGACCCCCUCCUCUGCUCCGAGCGAGAGCGCUGCGCAAAAGCCUGCAGCGACUUCAACACCAACACCGCCGCCACCCCACUAGAGCGCGCAAACCUGCUCAACAAACCUCACCACCCUCCCCACCGUCAACCCCCCUUCACCGCCGACUACGGCUACAACAUCACCCUCGGCCCGGGGAGCUUCAUAAACUUCAACUGCACCAUCCUCGACACGUGCCCCGUGCGCAUCGGCGCGCGCACGCUCUUUGGCCCCGGCAUCAGCAUAUUUACGGCGUCGCACCCGCUGUCGGCCGCGGUGCGCAAUGGGCUCAAGGGACCGGAGGAUGGGCGGCCGAUUGUGAUUGGGGAUGAUUGUUGGUUUGGCGGGAAUGUGUUGGUGCUGCCCGGGGUGGUGGUGGGGGAUGGGGUUGUGGUCGGGGCGGGGGCGGUGGUGACGAAGAGCGUACCCAGCCAUUGCGUCGUAGCGGGCAACCCAGCGAGGAUCGUGAAGCGCCUGGAGGGGUUCGUGGAGCCUGCGGGGAUGGCGGCGGCGGCGAUGGUGGUCGAGGCGAAGGGGAGGGAGAAGGAGGGGGAGAUGGAGAGGCUGGUUAAGAGACUUGAUGCCCUCGAGGGGGAGCUGGCGGGCGUCAAGGGGGAGCUGAAGAGGUUGAGUGGCUGCAGCUGUAGUCCCGAUAUUAUAUCCACCGUAUCUAGAGUACAGCCAGUCACCUCUCGCUAUAAGGAUACGGUCGGGACCGAAAAUCUAGAUCAUGAUCAGCCCAACCGACCGGCCGAGGGCGAGCAGUGGCCGUAUCUGGAAAAGACAUGUGCAGCACGCAUAAGAUCUUCUGCUUGA